CUUAUAUCCUGUCUUCACACUCAUCUCUUAGGUACAGUUUUUUUGUUUUCUCCUUAUUACAGUCUUAUUGUGAUUAACCAAACGACUGGCAGAUGACAUGACGUCUAUAGGAUUCAACACCCCACUGUUUUACUCUUAACCUACAGCCAUUAAUUAAUAGCAGCAAACGAGGAGGGAAUAAUCAGGGAUUUAUUUUAGUAUGUAUGAUACUUCGAAACGCAACUUCCUGGUAUUGUACAUUCGAUUGUUUGCAAAAACCCCAGUGUGCACAAUAUAUUUUACGCAAUAUGUUAUCGCUCACUGCAUUCCAUGUAGGAAACGACGUAUAUUGUUUGACUGUCGACAACCUGAGACAAGCGAGAGUGAAAUAAUCAUUACCAAAUGUUUGAAGAACUAUUCUCCAAAAAUCCUGGACACAGAUCUAAACAUUCCUACAUUAUUGCGGUUGAUCAACAUGCUGCACACGAGAGAAUACUUCUUGAACGCUUUGAAAAAGAGUGUUUGGAUUAUUUCGAAGUGUCACAAAAUAGAGCAAUACAAGAACCCCAAUUUUUGAAAAUAUUUUCCAAUAAAAUAUCAUUAAAACUAUCGAGGCAAUUGGUUCCCGAUAUAUUCAACUUCCUUAACCAAGAACCAGAUAAGCUAUGUUGUCUAUUAAAAUAUGGGUUCUCAGCUAUUCUUGAUUCUAACUCUAUGGGGCAAUUUAUAUUCGUUACCAUGAUACCUCGAAAAAACCAUUAUAAAUUGUAUUCGAGUUAUAUUGUUAAACAGAGGGGACACAAAUGUCAGUAUCAUGCACCACAUCAAGGACCAUCAGUUUUGUGUGAAAAAAAGCAGAAACAGUUCGUGAUUUAUUAUAUUGAACGCUUCCGUGAGAACAGCUUCUACUUCGAAACAGAAUCUAGGAAAUGUCAAAACUCAAGAUAUAGAGUAGGUACCUACUUUUAGACACCUAGAAAUGUUUAUAAUCAAAGAGAUGCUUUGUGGAUAUUAUGGUAAUUUAAUAGUUGAAUUUAUGAGUCCAUUGAAGCUAGA